ACAGGACAGCACUCGAGAAAAGUAAGAGAUACAGUUGUCCGGAAUUGGCAGAUUGCUCUGUCCGGAUAUGUUCCGUCGAAAAAAUACCUAAGGCUUUCCACGUACGAUUCUUCACUCUUAAAGUAUCAUACACAAAACGGAUCGAAGCUAAAGUGACAACGUUGGCCGCCUUCACCUGGCAAGGUGCCUGUGAGAAAGCGAUUACGCCCCUGUGCCGCGAUUGAUAUGUGACGUGGGGUAUCAUACCUGUCUAACCAUAGUCCACACCUCUCAGCAUUGUCCCUCUUACUGGGACUCCUAUCGAGGUGUUUCGACCAAGUUUGCCUCGUUAUAUAACACGCCUACCUACUAUACUUGGUGUCCAGAGGCUGCUGGCGUCAUUGUGUGGGUGAACCGUUGCGGUGGCUCGUUGACGCGAAAACGAUGUUUCUCUUCAAAGGGUCUACAAAGUCCACGCCGACAAUGUCUGAGCAGGACCAGGCCGCGCUGCAGCGCAGACUCUACCUGGCUGAGAAUACACCCGAGCCAGUGUUUGAUCUGAGUGAAUGCCAUUUAACGGAGGUGCCAUCAGGCGUGCCGGCCAAGUGCCGCGUUUUCCGCAAGACGUCGCUACUUUUACAGAAAAAUUGUCUCACCGCGUUGCCCGAUCUCCGCGACUUAGUUCUUCUCACCGUUCUUGACGUGUCAUGUAACCAACUGAAGAAACUGCCCGAUUCGAUAGGCUGUCUCGUGAAUCUCAUCACACUAGACGUUCACUCGAAUCAGUUAUUGAAGUUGCCCUCGUCAGUAGCCAAGCUCCGCUGCCUUCGAACACUCGACGUGUCGGAUAAUCGGCUCAGUUUCCUACCACAAGGGGUGCGACAGCUUGGAUGCACGAUUCGGGCCGAAGGAUGUCCGCUACUGGAACAGGUCGAUCUACCUAAGGAGCCAGGAGGUUUGCCGGGCUCUCCAAAGGAGUCACCCCAGGAAGAGAGCCCGAAUUUGGGCAGUGUCUGGGACCGGCGUGAACGCAUGCUGCGACAACUACGUGAGCAGGUCGCCGACGUGGAGGAACGUCUUUACGAACUGACUGUUAGCGAAUAUGAGAAGCGUGAUCGUCGACAAAAUUACAACAUGAUGAGCAUAGCCGAGGAGCGCGUACAGCUUGCCGCUAACCUCAACGAUCUGAUCACUAAACGCGAGCUGCAGCUAAGUGAGUUCCGCGCAGCGGGAGUGAGUCCCCAAACGCUUCAGUUCGAAGACUCGGGAGUGGUGGAUCGCGACUGUGUCGUGUGUCUCGAGUCCGGCCUUCAGUUAGUUGUGUUGAUGCCAUGUGGCCAUGUGUGUGUAUGCAGGCAAUGCGCCGAACAGAUGAGCCAUUGUCCGCUCUGUCGGGAGCCCCUAUCUAGCGAAAACAAGAUUUCCCUGGGAGAAUAAACCCAACCAAUGAUUAUAAAUACAAUUUUGAAGAUGGCAAAAAAUGACAGAAACUGGAAGGCAUAUUUGAUGAUUCUGAUGCAAUUAGAUUUCUGAUUAACUGUAGGUAAAUUAUUAGAAUAAAAAGCUGAAGGAUAUAUAUGCAUAUAUAUAUAUAUAUAUAUAUGAUGUAUAAAAGUUAUAGAUAGGUUAACUAAUUUAUCUAACUAACCCAUUCAGAGACGACACUCCACUUACACUGAAUAUGUCAUACGAUGCAUAGCUCAAGUUAAGAGCUUAAAAAUAUUAAGAAGUUUGGAAGAAGCAACAUAAUUCUUAGAAUAAAAAUAUUGUACAUGCAAAAAGUAUUAUUUUUAUUUUUACGAUUUUGUCCGAAAUUGGCUGGCAAACAAGGGAUUGACUAUGUAGAAAGAACCGGAGGUGAGUUUGGCCUUUAAAAUACCGCGCAGUCCGUCUUUUUUAUGUAUAUAGGUGAGUUUUAGGUUGCAAGAGACAAAUUUUCAACAGCUUAUAGGUGACAUAGGAAUUGAUGACGAGAACCUCGAACUCUGCAGUCUAGUUUACGUAUCCGCUAGAAAAAACACUCCUAGAAUUAAACCUGAAAUAGAGAUUCGAAAAGCGUGAACAGAAGUCAACCGAUUCUCUAGAUCAACGUAUUCUAGAACGUACUGUUUGGACAUUACGAGGACGCAUAGCGGAACAAUCUUCGCAACCAGUGACAAAUUGCAAGAAAAACGCUCUACCAAAGUAGAUAAGAUACGUCUAAUGUGAUUUAUCCGAAGUCGUUUUGCUGUACCAUUAAACUCAACCAAACGACAAUCGAAUCAUUAUCGAUGCUAAAAUGGAUGGCCCAUAGUGAUAGCCAUGCCGAGUGGAAACAGUUAGAUCAAUGUCACAAUCGACAUAGGCGAAACGAGAUAGCUCAAAACCGUAUCACUAUAACAUAUCAAUUAUCAUACAAAGAAUAGUAUUGCUCGGCGUGAUAGUUCGAAGAGCUGGAUUUUCGACAACUAGUAUGAAUACACGGGCCCAUGAGCAAAUUUAGAACGAAGAACAUCAGUGGACGGCUCGUGAUUGAAAUUGGAACAAAAAAAAAAAAAUUAACGCAGUAGCUAUCGUGCACCGCAAACACUUUCGAUGCACGUGGCAGUACCGUCCUACCGUAGAACGUAGCUUUCACGAGAAUGCCAGAGGCCACUAUGUUGCACUAUGUCGACAACACCGUUCACCAAAAAAGAGCGUUACUAUCCCAACAGCGCGUAUAAUUUUUUUUGGAAAUAAUCUCACACGAAGAAUCUAAUCACUUGGAAUCGAUUCUUAUAUAGACAUCUGUAAAAACAAAACAAAAAAAAAAAACAAGAUUGAUAGUCAUUGGAAGUGAUGUAACAACAUUUCAUAUAGUCGUUAUAGAGAAAGAUGUUUCCCAAACGCUCACUAUUAGUUAUCCAUGAUCAUAGGGAAAUACGACUGGCGAACGUGUCGCUUGCUAGCAAAUACACUAGUUAACAGAAGAGCCAUUGUGCACGCUACAUAUUCAUCAGAAACGCUAAUAAAAUAUCUUUGCUCA